UUGAAAUUAUGAUUGUUCUUACUUUCAGGACCUUUUGCGGUUGGCUGCACAGACGUCAUGGUUGGCCGUUCAAAGGAGGGGACUCUUAUGAGACUCUACUAUCCAACAAAUGUCACUGAUCCAGUGAGUAAAAUGGAUAAGUGGACACCAUGGUAUUUGGGUGAAGAAUAUACUAAGGGUCUGGCAUCUUUUAUGGCACCAUCCAUCUCUUCACUUUUCAGCAUGUUAUUCAACUGGCAAUUGCGUGGCGCACUUAUUCCUGCGAUAUGGGAAGAACCAAUGAUGGAUAAGAAAUUUCCUGUUGUUGUGUUUUCACAUGGGCUCAGUGCCAGUCGCUCCAUGUAUAGCACUGUUUGUACAGAACUAUCUUCUCAUGGAUUUGUGGUGGCUGCAGUUGAGCACAGGGAUACUUCUGCUUGUGCAUCAUUUACACUUAAUGAAGAUGGUAGCAAAGAACACAUGCUUUUCAGAACUCUUCAACCAAAUGAAAAGGAAUAUGAUCUCAGGAAUCAGCAAAUCAAGAUCAGAGUGCAAGAAAGUAUAAGAGCACUAGAUGUUCUUGAAAAAUUAGAGCAAGGAAAAGUUACAAAUGAACUUCCCUCUAAGUUUGAUCUUCAGCAACUGUGUGGCCGCCUUGACUUGACAAUGCCCAUAAUGUCAGGUCAUUCAUUUGGUGGAGGAACUACAAUAUGCACACUGUCAAAAGACAAAAGAUUCAAAGUAGGUGUUGCACUUGAUCCUUGGAUGUUCCCUUUGAAGGAUGAGGUUGAUGAAAUUUGUAGUGCAUUAGCACAGCCUCUAUUGUGCAUAUCCACAGAAGCUUUUCAGAAUGAAGUUAAUUUGAAAGCUAUGAGUAAGCUUAAUGAUGAAACCACAACUUUCGUUACAAUAAAAGGUACUGUCCACCAGAACCAAUGUGAUACUCCAUUUCUUGUUGGGCCAAUAGGGAGAGUCUUUGCAGGAGCAUCAUCUCCCUUAGACCCUGGAACAGCAAUGGAUAUCAAUAACAGACUAAUGAUCAAUUUUAUAUGCAAACAUUUAGGUGAGCUGACAAAAUCUUGCAACAAUUAUUUGCCUUAUAUAGAAAGUCAGAAGGACAAGAUGGUAUCCGGUCUCUAUGGUAAAGGGAAAUGCAUGCUUGGAUGGGAUCCUAACUAUCAUGCAGUAUAAAAUCAGUGUAGUUUCUAAUUUACUUUGCAUGUUAGAAGGUGGAGGUAGAUAGUGUAUAUUUUAAAUAACUUAUAUUACUGCAUGAAGAUAAUUAAUUACAGGAAGUGGUGAUGGUAGAGUAAGAAUGUUCUUUUGACAAACACAGUAAUACAAUAACAUCUCUUUGAAUAUAUUUUGAGAAUAGCUUACUUCACAGGAAUGAAUUUUGAUCUUCAAGAACAAAUCAAGAAUUUACUGAGUAGGAGUGACUUUGUCAUCUAUGGUCUAUAUGGAGACGAACAGAGGAAAUUAAAGUCAAAAUUAUGAUAUUAUUCAAAUAUCCAGAUAUAUUUUUCACAAUACCUCUUUGUAUGCUUUAACCUGCUGGAAUCAAAUAUAUUUAGAUGUCAUAUUUACGGAUUAUUGAAUAAAAUAUGCAGUAUACUGCAGUCAUAAAA